AUGGGCAGAGCGACUAGUGGAAGGGCGAGAAAACAAAGACAUGAUCCCCUUUUGAAGGACUUGGACUCUAUUGAAGGAAAAUUGAAGAAGAAGUCUUCGCAGAAGAAUGGAGACAGGGACGACGAUGAGGACGAAGAAUAUGUCGAUGCAUCGUCUUCGAGAAAAAUUCUGAGCCUUGCCAAGCAGCAACAGCAGGAAAUUGAGGAGGAAGAAGGUCAGGAUGGUGAAAAUGACCGUGAAAAUAUGACCAGAUUUCGGUUUUCGCAGACUUCGGCUGAUGACGACGACGACGACGACGAAGACGAAGAGCAAGAGAGGGAUAACAUAUCUGAUUUCGCCCCCGAAGAAGGCGACGAAGAAUUUGAGGAGGAGGUGAUAGAGAUCGACGAAGGAGAUGCCGCCAUGUUUGAAGAUUACUUCAAGAAAUCCACUGACUUCAACUCGGACUUUCAGAGCUACAAUUUGGCCGAUAAAAUCAUGGCUUCGAUUCGCGAAAAAGAGAUGAAAUUGAACACUGAUAGUGGAGCCUCGAUCUCCAACUCUUCUGUACGUCCAGAACAAGGUGUUGCGUUGCCUCCGAAAGUAAUCCAAGCGUACACGACCGUUGGCACAAUUUUGAAAACUUGGACGCACGGGAAGCUUCCAAAACUUUUUAAAGUGAUUCCCUCGCUCAGAAAUUGGCAAGACGUCCUUUACGUGACAAAUCCUGACGAAUGGUCACCACAUGUCGUAUAUGAAGGAACAAAGCUUUUCGUGUCCAACUUGUCUGCGAAAGAAGCGCAAAAAUUCGUUAGUGCGGUGCUGCUAGAGAGAUUUCGCGAAAACAUCGAGACAAGCGAAGACCACUCGUUGAAUUACCAUUUAUAUCGGGCCGUUAAAAAGUCCUUAUACAAGCCUAGCGCUUUUUUCAAGGGAUUUCUUUUCCCUCUCGUUGAGGGAGGUUGCAACGUGCGAGAAGCUACCAUUGCAGGAAGUGUUUUGGCCAAGAUCUCUGUUCCAGCAUUGCACUCUUCUGCGGCUCUAAGUUACCUUUUAAGACUACCAUUCUCGCCUGCCACAACAGUUUUCAUUAAGAUUCUUCUAGAGAAGAAAUAUGCUUUGCCUUAUCAGACAGUGGACGAAUGUGUUUAUUACUUCAUGAGAUUCAGAAUACUGUCCGACGGUAGCAACGGAGACGACGGCACUAGAGUGCUACCGGUGGUAUGGCAUAAAGCUUUCUUGUGUUUCGCUCAACGCUAUAAGAACGAUAUAACGCAAGAUCAAAGGGACUUUUUGUUAGAAACGGUUCGACAGCGCGGCCACAAGGCAAUUGGACCUGAAAUAAGACGUGAAUUACUUGCUGGGCAAAGUAGAGAAUUUGUCAGCCCCGAGGUUCACGAGGAUGGGCUCAUGAUCGACGUGCAGUAA